AUGAAGCUCACCAAGGCUAAAGGGCGCUGCCUCAAGGACCUGCAAAGCGAGCGUCUUUACAAACAGCACCUCCACAAUGCAACCUGUGGCCUCACCUUCUCCAGGGAGGUCAUUAAGGAGCUGGCAGCUGAGACCAUUCCCUACAACCAGACUGACUUUCAUUGGCUCUUUAGUCCCUCUGGGCCCCUGGCUCCUGCCACCAGGGUGAAGACCCAAGCGAGGAGGGCUGUUCCCAUCUCUCUUGGCAUUACAGAGGAAAAGGCUUUCCCUGGUCCUCGCUCUCCACUCCCACUCAUACCAAUGUCCCAGACCACUCAACUGACAGCCAAGGUGUCCUUUACUCUGCCUACUCAUCAGCAGGGAGGGAUGUUGGACUCCUUUAAGAGGACAGGGUUGCGAGGAAUCUCCAAUGUCUACAACUGUCUUAAGGAGGCAUCUACAGGAGGCAAUGAGGACAGAUCCAAGAGCUGCCACUGGGACGAGUUUGUUCUGAAGAAACUGACCAAGACCACAGCCCAGUGGAUUGUUUGUCAGCAGAUUCCCAACCAAUGUCAGAACAAGACUAAACUGCAGAGCCUGCUGAGGACCCAGUACGGAUCGGCCAGCGCCACUGAUCUGGUCAAAGAUGACCCCAUGAGUGAGAAAGACUUCAGCGGGUACCAGGAGCACAGUACACAGGCUGAGAGGCAGCAGUUUCUGCCUAUUAGCCGAGCAGAGACCCCUUUACCAGUCUACUACAGGGUCCAGGGCUACUCUGUGUCCCCAGCCUGUGCCGAUGAGCCUGGUAGUCUGAAUCAGACUGCCACUACUGUGGCGGUCAAACACAUGGAGACCCCCUUGCCCCCCCGUCUGCAAGACAGCCUCAACCCCCGUGCUGGAAGCCAUGUGCUACACACAGAGAACAACUUUGAGCUGGAACUCUUCUCCGGUAUAGCUAAGCAAGUCCAUCAACGUGAUCCACGAAAUCAUGACCGCAUUAUCAUGGACAAUAACUCGGAGUACCAGAAGAAUCUGCAGGAGCUGUUCCCCUGCACUCCUGAAAAAUGGACUAAGCCCUCAACAGACACACAAACUGAUUCGAAAGUGAUGUAUAUGGUGGAGAAGGGCAUGCGACGCUGGGUGGACCUUCCUACAUCAGCUGACUACACUGCAGAGAUGGGCCUGCAGCCUCCAGACUACAGCGGGCAGUACACAAAGGAGUCAAGAGAGCGGCCAAUCUACCAACCCAUGCCAGAACUCUCUUCCCUGCGCUAUGCUGUGGAGGAGUGGAAGAGUGCCUGGAAAAUCAAGACCCCAUGGCAGAGUGUGACUAUUGAGGGUCUGGAACGGGCGCUGACAGACCUGCACUGCAACAUCAGGCUGGCAGCCAUCGUCUCUUGUGCCUCUGGAGCCGUCAACAGGCCCAGGGUGGAGCCGACGCCCAUAGAUGCAGGCCUGUAUGGCCGCUUACAGGACAUCCAGCCCAUUCCCCAGAGUCUCCAGCCUCUGCUACUCCAGGCGCUAGAUGACCCGGACAGGAGGGUUCAGAUUGCGGCUGCUGUGUGCCAGUACGCCAUGGGCAAUGCCAAUGCCCAUGCUCAGGAGAUCCUCCACAACACUAUCCAUCAAGACUCUACAGGGUUGGGAGCGGACAGCUGGGUAGCGGCCCAAUGUCUGGCUAUGGAUCGAGAACACAGUAGGCCUGUCAUCCAGAGACUCCUGUCUCAGCUCUUCCAGAGAGAGUCCCACUCUAACAAGGAGCAGGCUGCCUCCCUGUUGGCCUCCAUCAGCAGCAAGACUACUCUGGUGCGCUCCCUGCUGGCUGAGGAGUUGAACUGUGCCAACUGGAAAACCAGGUUCCUGGCCUGCACCACCAUAUCCAAGCUAAAAGGCCCAAUCAAUAAGGAUCUGACUAACAAGUUGAUCUACCUGAUGUGGAAUGACUGGAAUCGUACAGUUCGCCAAACUGCUGCCCAUGCUCUGGGGAAGCUUGGCAUGGGGCGAGAGGUUCAUAAUGAGCUCAGAGUGAAGCUGGAGGAGGGUCCGGCCUCUUGGAAGGUGGAGGCCCUGGUCCUGGUUGGCACACUGCAGAUCAUGACGGUCAAGCUGCUUCCAAUCUUCCUCCGCUGCCUCCAAGACGACUUUGUAGUUGUGCGCAAACAGGCCUGUCUGACCGCAGCUACCUUAAUGAUGAAGGAUGAGAUGGUUUUUAAUCAGCUGAUUCAAAUGAUGGAGAACGACCCAGCAUGGGAAGUCAAAGUGGUUGCCAUUAAAGCGCUAGGGAUGAUCGGCUGCCUUACCCCAACACUGAAUAAACUACUGCUGUGGGCCCUACACUAUGAAGAGGAGCCCAGAGUACGCGUUGCUGCAUGUGAGGUCCUGAAGGUCCUGAAGGUGAAGAGCCCUGAGCUGCAGCACCUCCUCCAGGAACGUUUCGUUCUAGAGCCUCAUCCACAUGUCCAUAGGCAUAUUGAGGGACUUCUACAACAAAAUGGCUACAGCCUGGAGGGAGACAAAGGCAUGUUCCACAAGAUCAAAAACCAGGUCAACAAGCUGUCCAGCAAAAGCAUAAUCAUCGACAAGUUGCUGCUGAUGGAGGAACUAGAGAACAUGCACCAGCAGCACAGAGGGCUUGUGGGUAACCACAGCCAGCCAGACGCACGCCUGAUGUCCCAGCUGCUGCAGGAGCACUACAGGGGUGGGAAUUACUCCAACACCUCCAACUCUCAGGUACUCUGA